GCGCGAAAAGCUUCUCCUCGGUAGAAACAGCAGCAGCGAUGGCGGAUUCGUCGGAGUCGUUCCACGUGGCCACCAGCCCCAGCCGGGCCUCCCGGCGGGGCGACCCGACCUCCAGCCCGGGCCGGGACCUGCCGCCCUUCGAGGACGAGUCGGAGGGGCUGCUGGGCGACGGCUCGGGCCUGCUGGGCGACGCGCUGCCCGACGAGGACGACGGGGACGGGGAGGAGCUGAUCGGGGACGGCAUGGAGCGGGACUACCGGGUCAUCCCCGAGCUGGACCGCUACGAGGCCGAGGGCCUGGACCUGGACGACGACGACCUGUCGGAGCUGUCGCCGGGGGCCCGCGCCGCCGCCGAGGAGACCAUGAGGAGGAGGGACCGCGAGCAGGGCCUGGGGAGGAGGGGGAGGCCCGAGCUGCUGUACGACAGCGACGACGAGGACGACGGGCGCCCGGCGGCGCGGCGGCGGCGGCUAGCGGAGCGGGCGGCCGAGGGCGUGACGGACGGAGACGAGGACGAGAUGAUCGAGAGCAUCGAGAACCUGGAGGACAUGAAGGGCCACACGGUGAGGGAGUGGGUUUCCAUGGCGGCUCCGCGGCUGGAGAUCUACAACCGCUUCAAGAACUUCCUGAGGACGCACGUGGACGAGAACGGACACAACGUGUUCAAGGAGAGGAUCAGCGACAUGUGCAAAGAGAACAAGGAGAGUCUGCUGGUGAACUACGAGGACCUGGCGGCCCGGGAACACGUGCUGGCGUACUUCCUCCCUGAAGCCCCGGCAGAGAUGCUGAAGAUCUUUGACGAGGCGGCCAAGGAGGUGGUUCUGGCCAUGUACCCCAAGUACCACCGGAUCGCCCACGAGAUCCACGUCCGGAUCUGCAACCUGCCCCUGGUGGAGGAGAUCCGGUCCCUACGGCAGCUGCACCUGAACCAGCUGAUCCGGACCGGCGGCGUGGUCUCCAGCUGCACCGGCGUGCUGCCGCAGCUCGGCCUGGUCAAGUACAACUGCAACAAGUGCAGCUUCGUGCUGGGCCCGUUCUUCCAGAACCAGAACCAGGAGGUGAAGCCCGGGUCCUGCCCCGAGUGCCAGUCGCUGGGCCCGUUUGAGAUCAACAUGGAGGAGACGGUGUACCAGAACUACCAGAGGAUCACCCUCCAGGAGAGUCCGGGGAAAGUGGCCGCCGGUCGCCUGCCGCGCUCCAAGGACGCCAUCCUGCUGGCCGACCUGGUGGACAGCUGCAAGCCCGGGGACGAGAUCGAACUGACGGGAAUCUACCACAACAACUACGACGGCUCCCUCAACAUGGCCAACGGCUUCCCGGUGUUCGCCACGGUGAUCCUGGCCAAUCACGUGGCCCGCAGGGACGAGGGCGUGGCCGUGGCCGAGCUCACCGACGAGGACGUCAAGGCCAUCGUGGCGCUGUCCAAGGACGAGCGCGUCGGCGAGCGGGUGUUUGCUAGCAUGGCGCCGUCCAUCUACGGCCACGAGGACAUCAAGCGGGCCCUGGCGCUGGCGCUGUUCGGGGGGGAACCCAAGAACCCAGGCGGGAAGCACAAGGUGCGCGGUGACAUCAACAUCCUGCUGUGUGGCGACCCGGGAACCGCCAAGUCCCAGUUCCUCAAGUACGUGGAGAAGCUGGCCAGCCGGGCCGUGUUCACCACGGGUCAGGGGGCGUCGGCCGUCGGGCUAACGGCGUACGUGCAGCGACACCCGGUGACCCGGGAGUGGACCCUGGAGGCCGGGGCGCUGGUUCUGGCGGACCGGGGGGUGUGUCUCAUCGACGAGUUCGACAAGAUGAACGACGCGGACCGCACCAGCAUCCACGAGGCCAUGGAGCAGCAGAGCAUCUCCAUCUCCAAGGCCGGGAUCGUCACGUCUCUGCAGGCUCGCUGCACCGUCAUGGCCGCCUCCAACCCCAUCGGCGGCAGGUACGACCCGUCUCUCACCUUCGCCGAGAACGUGGACCUGACGGAACCGAUCGUGUCGCGUUUCGACAUCCUGUGUGUGGUCCGGGACACGGUGGACCCGGUCCAGGACGAGAUGCUGGCCCGGUUCGUGGUCGGCUCCCACAUCAAGCAUCACCCCGGCAACAAGGAAGGGGGCGUGGCCUUGGAGGAGCUGGUUCUGCCCAACACGUCGGACGCCCCGACCAUCCCCCAGGAGCUGCUGAGGAAGUACAUCAUCUACGCCAAGGAGCGGGUCCACCCCAAGCUGAACCAGAUGGACCAGGACAAGGUGGCCCGGAUCUACAGCGACCUGCGCAAGGAGUCCAUGGCCACCGGCAGCAUCCCCAUCACCGUCCGCCACAUCGAGUCGAUGAUCCGCAUGGCGGAGUCUCACGCUAAGAUGCACCUGCGCGACUACGUCCUGGAGGACGACGUGAACAUGGCCAUCCGCGUCAUGUUGGAGAGCUUCAUCGACACGCAGAAGUUCAGCGUCAUGAGGGGCAUGAGGAAGACGUUUGCCCGCUACCUGGCGUUCCGCCGCGACAACAACGAGCUGCUGCUCUUCAUCCUGAAGCAGCUGGUGGCCGAGCAGGCGGCCUAUCAGAGGAACCGCUACGGGAACCAGAACCAGAACCAGCUGGAGAUCCCCGAGAAGGACCUGCAGGACAAGGCGCGGCAGAUCAACGUCCACAACCUCUCCUCCUUCUACGACAGCGAGCUCUUCCGCUCCAACAAGUUCAGCCACGACGGCAAGAAGAAGCUGAUCCUGCAGCAGCUCUGAGCCCCGCCCCCUUUUGGGGGCGUGGCCAGGGCGUGGGCGGGGCCAGGUCCCGGCUAGCGGCCACGCUGGGAGCUGAUCCGGAUUAUUCUGGACCUGGUUGUAAAUAAAUGUACAUGUUAUUAAUGAACCGUUUCUCCGACUAAAGUUCAACAGAUUGUGACGGUAAAUGUUUGUAUUUACUGACGGUAAAUGUUUGUAUUUACUGAAGUCGGACGGUAAAUGUUUGUAUUUACUGACGGUAAAUGUUUGUAUUUACUGACGGUAAAUGUUUGUAUUUGCUGACGGUAAAUGUUUGUAUUUACUGACGGUAAAUGUUUGUAUUUACUGACGGUAAAUGUUUGUAUUUACUGACGGUAAAUGUUUGUAUUUACUGACGGUAAAUGUUUGUAUUUACUGACGGUAAAUGUUUGUAUUUGCUGACGGUAAAUGUUUGUAUUUACUGACGGUAAAUGUUUGUAUUUACUGACGGUAAAUGUUUGUAUUUACUGAAGUCGGACGGUAAAUGUUUGUAUUUACUGAAGUCGGACGGUAAAUGUUUGUAUUUACUGACGGUAAAUGUUUGUAUUUACUGACGGUAAAUGUUUGUAUUUACUGAAGUCGCUGCGUCGGCUCAUUAAGGAGAAAGAAAAGUAGUUUUAAAGUUGUUGAAGUUGUUGGUUUUCUUGGUGAAUUGUAGGUGUUUUCUGAUAAUAAACGUUGAACUGGC